UGGCCAGUUUAAAUGUUGGAUGUAUAUCAUGAGUUUGAAACACCUCUGAGCGGGUUUUUUUUGAGGCAAGAGGGCGUCAGUAUACACUCCUGCAGUCUGACAUGCGUUUCCACAUCAUUGUGGCCGCUGUCUUUUGGUGUGGUUUCGUAGCGUCGCGGAAAAUAAGAGGAAUAUCUUCGUCCUACAAGCGGUUCUACAGGGAGAGGAAGUCCUUUCUUUGCAUUGAUGGGUCGAAAAUCAUCCCAUUUGAGCAGGUGAACGAUGACUACUGCGACUGUGAAGAUGGCUCAGAUGAACCAGGCACCUCAGCCUGUCCACGUGGCCGAUUCUACUGCACCAAUCUGGGUUUCCGCCCGCACUACAUCCCAUCAUCGCGAGUCAACGAUGGCAUCUGUGAUUGCUGCGAUGCUUCAGAUGAAUACAACAGCCACGCUCACUGCCAGAACACUUGCUGGAAUCUGGGACAGAGAGAGAGAGCAUACGUGGAGGGCCAGAUGAGGACCUUGGACGAGGGUUUGCAACUCAAGCAGCAGCUGAUUGAGGAGGGAGUGCUGCUCUGGAGGGAGAAACAGGCCCAGCUCAGAGAGCUUCAGCAGGAAGCUGAGGACCUACAGAUCAAACUAGAGGAACACAGAAGGAGGAAACACGAGGCCGAACAGCUCAAAGAGCAAACAUUAAAGGCGCUGGAAGCAGGGGACAGCGGUCUCAGACGUCAGAACAGCACAGUAAACAGCAUUUUCAAGUUACUGGACAGCAAUAAAGAUGGCAGUAUAACGGUGGAUGAAGUCCAGGCUAAAGUGGCACUCGUCCAUGAUGAGGAACGGGUACUCUCUGAGGAUGAAGCAGUGGCUUUGUUAGGAGGAGGCCAUCACGUGGAUCUCAACAAGUUUCAACACACACUCUGGGACAUCCUGACAAAAGGAGACAGCGUCAAGAUCAAAGAUACACAAGUCGCACCAGGCAGUCUUGUGGGUGGAGAUCCUCACCUAAUGGCAGCUGGCAUAGCUGCCGAGUGGGAGGCUACCAAACUGAAGAAGGUAGAAGAAGCCUAUGAGACGGUCAACAUGGAAAUUAGUGAUCUCCGGAAGAAGCUGACCAUAGACUAUGGAACAGACUGGGAGUUUCUGUUUUUGAACAGCCAGUGUUAUAAGCUGAAAGUAUACGAGUAUACUUAUACCCUGUGUCCAUUCAAUCAAGUCACACAAAAGAGCACUGCAGGAACAGAGGUCUCAUUAGGGAAGUGGGGGAUGUGGGCAGAAACACCAAAGAACCAGUACAGUCAGAUGGUGUAUGAGAAUGGAGAACCCUGCUGGCAAGGAGGUUCACGCAGUACUACAGUCACACUGACAUGCGGAACAGAGACAGCCUUGCGAUCGGUGAAGGAGCCCAGCAAAUGCCAGUACAUCAUGGACUUUCAGACUCCUGUGGCCUGUCAGCCGGUGCUGAAGCAGCGGGGCAUACACAGUGAACUGUGACCCCUUCCCUUACUGGCCUAGCCUAGAUUAACUUAGCCCCCCCUCCCAUGCUAGCCUGUGGUGACAGGCUGGGGUCCUGAGGGUCCCCUCUGACAUCUGUGUUGUCAGAACAUGUACUUUCAAGCAAGUCUUCCUGAGGUCAGAAUCUGAUUGUAGGUAACACUGCUCCUAGACAACUUCAAGUUUUCAUUCAUUGUUACAGUGCUGCUUUAUAGUGUCAAGUGUUAAUAAGUGAAUAGAGCACUUAUUGAAUGAUUUAGUUCACACAAGUAUUCCUCACACUAGAGUAUAUUCCUUAAAAUAAAUAAAGUGAAACUAGAUCAGUUGCAGGGUCUAAUAUCAGUGUCACAGCUGUAUCAAACAACUGCUCCUUCAUGAGCACAAAUAAAAGGAUUCUACUUCACUAUACCUUAAUUAAAGUAACAUUAUGUAAGUUAUUAUGUUUGUGUUUUUCAAUAUUAUAUAAUAUCAGUAUUACUUACUAGUCCAACUCUGUACACAGAAAUAAUGCCAGUUCAGUCUGUCUUGCAGACUUUAUUUCGCAAAGCUCUCGCCACCUUCAGGCAGCCUCUUUGCUCGGUCACUCUUUUUUUCUCAUCUUAGCUUCCUUCGUCAAUGUACCCUUUCGGCCGCUCUCCAUCGGCAGCAGCAUAAUGUUGCUUGAAACUUGGGUGGCAAGCUAGCCAAUAAAGCUGGACAGCAACCGACGCAAGAGCUCUUACAGAUGUCAGAAUGUGCUAAUAAGUUAUUACUUACUAGUCCGACAGCAAGAAGGCCCACGCCGAUAUUUACUCUUGUCUGGUAUCUUGCUCGGUUGCUCGCUCUUGUUCUCAUCCUCACUUCUUCCAACGUCUUCGCAAAAAUGAUUUUUAAGAUUACUGCAUAAUGUUGCCUUAAUUCUUUGUCUCUAUUGUGCUUUUACUGUAACAGUUGUAACUGAUAAUGUAUAAUUUCCUUAACAAUCACACAGCAAAACAUUUUAAAAAGUGUUUCAAGUAUUAAAAUAAACAAAGUAUCAACCUGCA